CGCAAAGCGCGGCAGCGGCCGGCGACACUGGGUCCGGUACCGUGAGGAACGACACGACACGAGUGAGACGCGCUCGUCUCUUGUACCUUAUAGUUGGAUUCGUGUUGUCUGAGCGUGUUUUAUGAUUAAUAUUCCGUCCACAGCAUCUCACAGACUCGAUCAUGACUGUUGUGAGGACUCUUGACGUCAGAGGGGAGAAUCAUCGUUGAGGUCCAGCGGGGGGAAUAUCAAGCGAGGCAGCGCUAUCGUCCUACCAACAGUAUUAGCCAUGCUAACCGAGGAGCACCUCGCCUUUCCACGGGACUUAACCCGCCAAAGAUGACUGUUUUACUCAACUACGUGAAACAAAUGGCAUUUUAGUUCUUUUAUGUUGUUCUCCGUCUCUUUCCGGGUCCUCCAUCUCCUCUCGUAUGACAGGCACGGACUGCGCGCGAGCUCGGGGGAGAAAAGGCAUUGCAGCUUCAUGGCACUGAGCUAUGAUUCACUCUCUUGCAGCAACAAUGAGCAACCAACUUCAAAACACCUCUUCCCUCUCCACGGCGGGCACGUGGAAUCUCCUGGAUGUGCGUAACUCAUCACCGGUACGAACGGCAGAGCUGAGGCCGCUUCCCGUUAGCCCAUGGGACAUUGCGCUGUGUGUGACGGGCACGCUCAUCUCCUGCGAGAAUGCAAUCGUGAUCGCCAUCCUGUUCUACACGCCCACCUUGAGAGCCCCCAUGUUUAUUCUGAUAGGGAGCCUCGCAUUUGCUGACCUGCUCGCAGGACUCGGCCUCAUUCUCAACUUCAUCUUCAUCUAUAUGCUGAACAUGGAGUUUGUAACUCUGAUCUCCGUUGGCUUGCUGAUCGCCGCCUUCUCUGCAUCUGUGCUCAACAUCCUGGCCAUCACAGUGGAUCGCUACUUGUCCCUCUACAACGCUCUGACCUAUCACACGGAGCGCAUGGUGACAUUCACCUAUGUCAUGGUGGUUCUCAUUUGGCUCGUGUGCAUCAUCCUGGGCCUACUGCCAGUGCUCGGCUGGAACUGCCUCCGAGAUGAGACCAGCUGCAGUAUCUGCCGGCCAGUCACCAAGAACAAUGCUGUGGUACUCGCUGUGACGUUCUUGCUGGUGUUUGCCCUCAUGAUGCAGCUUUACCUACAGAUCUGUAAGAUUGCCUUCCGCCACGCGCAGCAAAUCGCUGUUCAGCACCAAUUCAUGGCCAUUUCCACCACAAAAGGUGUAUCCACGCUCUCCGUCAUCCUCUGCACCUUUGCUGCAUGUUGGAUGCCUUUCGCCAUGUAUUCGAUUGUGGCAGACUCCCGCUACCCGAUGAUCUACACGUAUGCAACAGUGCUGCCGGCAACAUGCAACUCGGUCAUAAACCCAAUCAUAUACGCUUACAGAAAUCCGGACAUCCAGAAAUCCCUGUGGCUAGCCUGCUGUGGAUGCGUGCCGUCCAACUUUUCCUUGCGGCCAAGGACAUCGAGCGAUGUAUAGGUCUCACAUAAUUAGUUUGUACUGUGUCAGUGUCAAUGAUAUGAUGUACUUCCUUGAUGGGAUCCCAGUCAAACAUUGCUGGUUGUGCAGUAGGUGUUGCGAUCCAAGAUGACAACCUGCAAUAUAUAAUUAGACGUAUUUAAUGCAUAGCAAACCUCCAUGCACAAAUUUUCAAGUUGUAUCAGACAUAAGACAGUUCAAACUGAACAUGACCUGAAUAAUCCUGAUAUUCUGAGAUGUGUAGUACAGACCCAGUGACACAAAUCGAUAUAUUAUAUGUGA